AUGGAGAGCCCCAAGCUCAUCCAGAUUCACCCAGAGAACCACGAGUUCGACUUCGUCGUGGCUGAGCGACCAAAAUACAUUCCCAAUUCAGGACCUCCUCUGGCUCCAAUUUCAAUUAUGCCGGAUGACGAAAAUGACGGUAUCAUCGUUGCUAGCUUUGAAGUCAACCAUCUUCCCCGAUACGUUGUAUCAUAUACCGAGGCACCAUACCUCCGUAUUAGCGUUGCGCCAGAGAAUAUUCUCAAUUAUGUCUCCCGAUACACGCUUGAACAAUUCGAGUACAUGCAAGUUAUGGAACGUGAGGGUCGUAACUUGGGCAAGGGGAAGGUUGCAAAGGGUGGAAAUGCCUUCGAGGCACGUGACGAGGAAUUAAAGCAGAAAGCAAAGCCUGGCAGGAAACGCAAGCAUGCUCUGGUAGAAGCAGAUGAUGAGAAGGUUGGUUCUAGAUUCAAAGUCAUAGUGGGGCCGGCUUCUCGAGUUGCUCGUAAGUCCAUUGAAGAACCAGAGCCGGUCUUCACAUCACCGCAGCGACCUACCCUAGCAUCUCCUUCAAAGCAGCGAGGUCUGGCCGAUAUGAUGGAAUCUGAGAGCGAGGAGGAAGAAGAGUCUACGUAUCUCGCGAUUGAAGCACAGCUCAGUAGCACCAUGGAAUCGCACCCCCGGUCUAGGCUACAUAUGAAUGUUGCUCUAUCUCCAUCACCACAACCGUCUUCGGCCAGUAAAGGGAAGAGCAAAGCUUUGUCACCAGCUCCAAGGGAUGACAGGAGCUCAUCAAGGCGAGCUCGAAGUUCCAGAAGUCAAAGUGCUUCGGUAUCGGCAAGAACCAGUGAAGCCAAACACCAGCGACCCCCUACACGUAAUGAGUCUUUUGCGACCACAUCGAGCUUAGAGGCAGGGAAGAUUGAUGAGAGAAUGGAGCGAGAGAAGAGUAGGAGUAGAACUCCUUCGAAGAAAACGGGACACUGGGAUAAAUACUCCUCCAUUGUCAAAAGCGAGGGACAAUCUGCCUCUUCAAAGCAGGACAUUCUUGCGGACAACGAUGCCGAUGAGGACGAAGUGCUAGGAGAAGAAGAGUACGAAGUAGAAGCCAUCCUAGAUGAGACACAGUACAGGGUGGGAAAGAAGGGUAAGCAUGUUGUCACCUACUAUCUUAUCAAAUGGGUCGGCAAUUGGCCCUUAUCGUGGGAGCCCGCCGAGAACGUAGGCAGUGAGUCCAUUGAAGUGUACGAGAGGAAGAAGGAUAUGGGAUUGAUUACAGUUGGCGAGGCGGGAGCGGCUUUCGAUGCGGUAUUGGAGGCCGAGGAAGCUGCAGCUUUGGCUAGGGAGAAGGAGGAGAAGAUCCGGAAGAAGAACAAGCGAGGCUACGAUGCCGUUGGUGGAAGCGAUGAGGACCAUAAAAGGAAGGAGACUAGGGGCUCGGCUUUCAAGUACCACCAGCCGAUUCAAGGACAAGUCAUUGACGACGAUGAUGCUUCAGAGUAUGACUCUGAAUAUGAAUGA